GGCAUAAUCACUUCGAUCGGUUGGUUCUGUGUAGUUCUAUACCACGCAUUGCGUCACACAACUGGUCAUUGGUGACGUGCACUCUUUCACUAGGGCUUGAUAGAAAACGUUCUCUGGAAGACGGUCGACGCGUCGCUUGGGGUGCGCACGAAAUAUCGUGUACAGGUACGAGUGCCGGGGUGCGCAAGCGAGUUGGGGGGGUACGGAACGCAGUGUGCUCGCGAGGGUUGCCUGGCUGCAUAGGUACACGCUAGUACAGGCGCCGGUUUACCGCCAGGCACAGGAUAGUCACGCGGUUCGGUGUCCAGCUGAGUUGAAUUGAACGCGCACGAGGACUAAGGAGGAGACUCAUUUAUAUAUAGGCCCGACAUAGGCCCCCUUACUCCUUUCAUCCUGUUUGCGAUUCGUCUGCGAGGGUUAAGGCAGGACUGGGCAGGACAACAAGGAUGCCAGCAGCUGGUGCAGCCGCGCCGGCUGUCGAUGAGGGAGCCGGUCAGCCGCAGGAGGACCCAGAAUUACCGGAACAACGUCCUCGCGAGGGUGGACGGUCUAGCUUCAUGAGACCUCUGGUGGUGUUAGCCCUACCCGGGAUGUAUCUCUUCUACAAGUACAACCAGUAUAGGCAGGAGCAACGCGAGUUGUCCCGUAGAAGAGUAACCGAAAGGGAACUUCAACAUCUUCACCAUAAAAUCGACAAAUUGCUCACAAAACUAGAAGAAAACGAACCAGAGUUGGCAUCUUCACAGGAAGAUGAGUGCGUCAUAUGCGUGAAUGCGAGGGCGACGAUGCAGACUGCGCCAUGUGGGCAUCGAGUGGUUUGUAGACGCUGCUUCGUCAAGACGAUACAAAUGGCGGUGUCUCAGAGGCUUUUGCCGCUGAGAUGCGUUAUAUGCAGAGCGAAAAUCUUACGAUUGAAGCAGACUUACAUUCCUCCGCGUGAUUAUUUGCCGGGUAAAUCUUGGAUAUUCCCUCAAAGCUCGUCAGAGUAUAACAUGGGCACAGGAGCUGGUAUGUCUAGAUCUGCUAGCAGGUGGGGAACCGCAACUACCAGAAGUGUACCAGCCUCUGCCUCUUUAUAUUCGAUGGCCAGCGGUUCGUCAUCAGUUUCUGGAGUGUCUUCCGUUUCUUCGGCAACUUCCUCGACCGCGCGUAGCAUCUCUCUUAGCAAACCGACGAGGACGACGAGGAUACGACAACCCACAGGCGCCACUCUCAGACGUUCCCAGACGCAAUCAAUGAAAAUGCGAAUUCAAUCGUACCAAGAUCCUAUUCAACAAAUCCCCGAAGAGGAGGAAAAUUUGCGUGAAAAUCGGGAACGUCGAUUGCCCCCUAUCCGUGAAUUCCAGAGGGAUUAUCGUGCUGGUAAAGCCUCCACUAGAAUCAGAUGUGCUCACAAGAUUGUGACACAGAUGGAUAUACCACCGAACUCAAGAAGCAUAUCCGCUAUUACAUCGUCGGCAUCGUCGGCGUCGUCGUGCAACCGCGCCGUGUCUAAACGACCAACGACAAUGCCGAAGGUGUCGGUAGUCCAAGAGGUGCAGAAGUCAAAAAAAGAAAAGGAACAGGAGAAGGAACGCGAAAAAGCGGAGAAGGCCCGUCAGAAGGAAGAAGAGAAAGCCGAGAAAACUAGACAGAAGGAAGCCAAGAAGCUAGCGAAGGAAGAGAAGAAGAGAGCGAAGAAAGAAACAAAAGCACGGCGGAAGGAAGCCGAGGAAGUUCCUCUUUUGACGGACUAAAAGUAAGGUUUGACUGAUAGAAUAAAAGUCUCAUGACAUCGAA